AUGCGGAGGGGAGACGAAAGCGACGGAAACAAAGGUAAGGGAAUAGCAAAGUGCAGGAGCCCAGGCGGGCAGCGCCGCGCGGGAGGGCAGACCGCCGAGCCCGAGGGCCCCGGGGCCAGCUGCGUGGCCGCCGCCAAGGCGCCGGUGAAGAAGAAUGCGAAGGUGGCCAGCGUGAGCGUGCAGCUGGAGAUGAAGGCGCUGUGGGACGAGUUCAACCAGCUGGGCACCGAGAUGAUCGUCACCAAGGCCGGCAGGCGCAUGUUCCCCACCUUCCAAGUGAAGCUGUUCGGCAUGGACCCCAUGGCUGAGUACAUGCUCCUCAUGGACUUCGUGCCCGUGGACGACAAGCGCUACCGGUAUGCCUUCCACAGCUCAUCCUGGCUGGUGGCUGGGAAGGCAGACCCCGCCACGCCGGGCCGCGUCCACUACCACCCCGACUCGCCGGCCAAGGGGGCCCAGUGGAUGAAGCAGAUUGUCUCCUUCGACAAGCUCAAGCUGACCAACAACCUGCUGGACGACAACGGCCAUAUCAUCCUCAACUCCAUGCACAGAUACCAGCCACGCUUCCACGUGGUGUACGUGGACCCACGCAAAGACAGCGAGAAGUACGCUGAGGAGAACUUCAAAACCUUCGUGUUUGAGGAGACUCGCUUCACCGCGGUCACUGCCUACCAGAACCACCGGAUCACGCAGCUCAAGAUCGCCAGUAACCCCUUCGCCAAAGGCUUCCGAGACUGCGACCCCGAGGACUGGCCCCGGAACCACCGGCCCGGCGCGCUGCCGCUUAUGAGCGCGUUCGCCCGCUCGCGCAACCCCGUGGCCUCCCCUACGCAGCCCAACGGCGCGGAGAAAGGUAGGCCGGGGUCGUGGGAUCCGGGCGGGCGGCCGCGCCCAGCCUCGCCCGCGCCGCAGGGGCGCUCGCGGCCUUUGCGGCGGUUGCACAACGACCGCGGCGGCCGGGCAAGCGCGCACUAG